AUCAACUGAGAUUUUUUUCCCUCUCCUUUUUUCCCCCUGUUCUAACAUUAGCGUUAAGUUCAUUUCACAGAUAUUAAGGAAAAGCUGUAAUAAUACGAGGAUAUGUCGAGUAUUUCAGCAUCGAUCUGUCGGUGCAAAGUUCAUCUUGCCAUUAUAGGUUUUAGUCAUUCCUUGGUGAUAGCAAAACACAAGGCAAAACAUCAUAUUCCGAGGAUUCAGAAUCUGCAAUCGCUGGGCACUGCUCUUAGGUUGCAACAUGCUGACACAGACAAGAACAUGGUCGUUUGUUGCAGUGUUGGGUCCGGACCUUCAUUUCCUUCUAAUCCUGGUCCUGGUUCCUGCAGGAAACUAUGGGUUUUGGGAAUUCUGAUGAGUAUUGUCUUACCCUUUUGGAGGAGCAAAUGGGGGCCAUUGCUAAAAUGGAAAGAUGAAGUUGAAACAGUAAUAGACAGAGUAGAAGCGGUGACGGACAUUGUUGAAAAAGUGGCGGAGCAAGUGGAGAAGGUGGCGGAUGAUAUGGGAAACCAUCUGCCAGAAGGCAGACUUAAAGAUGCCCUUGAAUUGGUUGAAGAUAUGGCUCAAAAUACUGCUGAAUGUGCACGCUUUGCAGGGGAAUUCAUUGACAAGGUAGAGGAAGUGGAAGAAAAGGUGGAAUCUUGGAUGGAACAAAACAGUAUUGUCGAAGAAUCCAAGAAGACAAAGGAAGAAGAAGAAGAAUAAGAAGCAGCCGCCAAG